CGGUGUGUUGUGGACUCGUGGUGCUGGCUGCUGCUGUUAAGGCGGCCGGGAACGGGCAGUGGGGAGCGGGCAGAGCUGGCCCUGCCUCUGCCUGGCCCGCACCGCAGUCGGCGCGGGCCUGCCCGCCGCAGUCAACUGUCCUGAGCGCCACCUGAGGCCGAGGGAGACGUCGGGGCCUGCACCUGGAGGGAGCCUGCCGCGCUGGCCCCGAGGAGGGGGCGUUGCCAUGGCGACAGCCUCUCCGGCUGCUGACGGGGGGCGGGGGCGGCCCUGGGAAGGAGGACUGGUCUCCUGGCCCCCUGCCCCUCCCCUUACGCUCCCCUGGACCUGGAUGGGCCCGAGCUGGGGGCAACACCCUGGGCAUUGGGGCUUUCCAGCUCUCACAGAACCUUCAGCAUCUCCAGCUGCCAGUCUUGGCAUCUUCGAAGUAAGGAGAGUUGUCCUUAUUCUAGAUGUCCUACGAAGGCUCUUCUUUUCUUGUUUGUGGCAGACUGAUGACCUUUGCCUGAUUUUGGAAAUGGCUUCCAGUUCAGUUUUAGAUGCCUCUGGAUGUUCAAUGCUAGCACCUUUACAGACUGGAGCAGCUCGAUUUUCUUCGUAUUUACUUUCAAGAGCAAGAAAAGUGCUGGGCUCCCACUUAUUUUCUCCUUGUGGUGUUCCGGAGUUCUGCUCCAUAUCCACCAGAAAGCUGGCGGCCCACGGCUUUGGCGCGUCCAUGGCGGCAAUGGUGCCCUUCCCUCCCCAGAGGUAUCACUACUUUUUAGUGCUGGACUUUGAGGCCACGUGCGACAAGCCACAGAUUCAUCCUCAGGAAAUCAUUGAGUUCCCCAUCCUGAAGCUAAAUGGCCGAACCAUGGAGAUUGAGUCUACCUUUCACAUGUAUGUCCAGCCUGUAGUCCACCCACAACUUACCCCCUUCUGUACAGAGCUCACCGGGAUUAUUCAAGCCAUGGUGGAUGGCCAGCCAAGCCUGCAGCAAGUGCUGGAGAGGGUCGAUGAGUGGAUGGCAAAGGAAGGCCUCCUAGAUCCAAACGUCAAGUCAAUUUUUGUCACCUGUGGAGACUGGGACUUGAAAGUCAUGUGGGCAAGCAAGCAGGUACAGAAGCCAGAUAAGCAGUCACAAAAGCAAGAUAAGUCUGAACUGGAGCUUCCCAGGAUUAUAUGGGUGUGUUCCUCUGAGAUCAGCUCUUCCUGGAACUGCUGGCCCCGGCCACGGCUCCCAGGCCAGUGCCAUUACUUGGGUUUGCCAGUGGCAGAUUACUUCAAGCAAUGGAUUAAUCUGAAAAAGGCUUACAGCUUCGCCAUGGGCUGCUGGCCCAAGAAUGGACUGCUAGACAUGAACAAGGGCCUCAGCUUGCAACACAUAGGCCGGCCCCACAGCGGCAUCGAUGACUGCAAGAACAUUGCCAACAUCAUGAAGACACUGGCAUACCGAGGCUUCAUCUUCAAGCAAACAUCAAAGCCAUUCUGAUUGGUUGAGGACGGGAUGGGGCAGGACAGGGUAGCUGCUUGGCCCAGCCCAGAAUCACCCUCUCCCUCACCAGAGGGGAAAAUGGAGAGUGGCACAGCCCUGAGCCCAGAGUGUCCCCCAGCUGCCCUGUGGGCUUGUACCCUGGGCUGAGGGCUUGGCCACUUGGUCCCUCUGGAGCAGACACUUUGUACCCCGCCCCCACCCCUCAGUCUCAGCCCUCUAUUAACCCCUGCUGUUGUGAGCCUGGGCUAGGGGAUCCCAGGUACUCACUGCCUUCUCCCUGGUACACAGGCUUACUGGGGCAACUAAGCCCCCCCUGUGCCCCCUCCCAUCCAUAGUGCAUGGUGUGUGGUGCCCCCAGGGCUCCAAGACAGAUCAGGCCCCACCUUGUGUCUACCCCAAUCCCCGCUGUGAACGUGCCACUGAAUAAAAUUGGGGAUAUAAGGCCCCAGUGUGUGCAGAGCCA